AUGCCAAAGGCCGCGCUGGAGGGGAGCGAGCCGGUGGAUCUGUCCAAGCACCCCUCUGGCAUCAUCCCCACGCUCCAGAAUAUUGUGUCAACAGUCAAUUUGGAUUGUAAGUUGGACCUCAAAGCAAUAGCUCUGCAGGCACGCAACGCAGAAUAUAAUCCAAAGCGUUUUGCUGCAGUUAUCAUGAGAAUAAGAGAACCAAAAACUACAGCACUGAUAUUCGCGUCGGGUAAAAUGGUAUGUACUGGAGCAAAGAGCGAACAGCAGUCCAAGCUUGCAGCAAGAAAGUAUGCUCGUAUUAUUCAGAAACUUGGCUUUCCAGCUAAAUUCAAGGAUUUUAAGAUUCAGAAUAUUGUUGGCUCUUGUGAUGUUAAAUUUCCAAUUAGACUGGAGGGCCUCGCAUAUUCUCAUGGUGCUUUCUCAAGUUAUGAGCCAGAACUUUUUCCUGGCCUGAUAUAUCGAAUGAAGCAACCGAAGAUUGUUCUUCUGAUUUUUGUUUCAGGCAAGAUUGUCUUGACCGGAGCAAAGGUGAGAGAAGAGACAUACACCGCCUUUGAAAACAUAUAUCCUGUACUCACAGAGUUCAGAAAAGUCCAGCAAUGA